AUGGUUAUCGAAAAAAUAUCAUUUACAGAAAAAAAGAAGAAAACAAUCUUUGGUCGGCUUACAAAUAAAUUUAUUAAUCAACAACGAUGUUCAAAACGUGAUCAAUCAGUUCAAACAAGUUCGCAUUCAUCUAUAACAACGACUGUUCUAAAACAACAAAUCUACUCAUCGGAUAAUCAGAGUGCAAAUAGUGAAAUAUCGAGUCGUCGACGUCGAUCAUCGUUUAAAUCAUUUCUGAUGUUAUAUUCACCGAAACCAAUACCACUUAUUCAUCGUACGACACGUCGACGAAGUAUUAAUUUAACAGCAUCGAAACGGCUAAGCUCGGAAUGUCUUCAAGUGGCAUUAAUUCGAAAAAUUCAACCACUCAAUCGAUUCGAUUCAUCAUCGAUGUUCUCUUCGUCAUCAAAACAGAUGUACAAUGAUGAAACAUCCAGUCGUGAUGAACGUUUAUCUAUUGGGCCUAUGAAGUGGAGUACACCUAAUCGAACAAUGAUAUACAAAACUUCGAGCCCGAAUAAUAAUAAUUCUGAUCGACAACAUCGUUUUGGUACAGUUGAUCAACUUUCUUUUUCAAAUAUUUUCGAUCGUAGCGAUUAA